ACUCCUUUUAUUUAAAUAAAUCAACAAUUGCCUUCAUGUGACUCCUACUGAAAAACGCAGAGCUAAUCCUGGCUCCUCUCAGGAGGAAGUUUUGUGCUGCCUGGGAUGACCAAUACCCCAGCACCUUCUGGGGACAGGCGGGCACUGCGGCUCCAGCCACCUGCCUCUCAACUGCCAGGAGAUUUCCCUUUGCCCACCGCUCCGGAUGUUGCGGUUUCACGAUCGCCCGGGCCAAUCUAACCACUGGCUGCUACAGUCAUGCUCUCCCUGGUCCCACCCUGUUACUCAUGCUGGCUCUGAGAAGCUGUUCCAGCAUGCCAAGCUGGCAGAAAACUCAUUGCAACAAUUAAAAAAAAAGAUUUCUCCCAAGUUAGAGCACUGAAAUGGCACAGCCCAGUGAGCAAUACCACAGGUGAGGAAGGUAAAAGCUAACCUGAAAUGGGAAAUGGGCUCAGUGCCGAACUUAGCCAGUGGUGGAAUGAAGUAGAUGAUAUCUAAAGGUCUCUUUCCACCAAAAUUGGAGUGUAAGGCAGGGCAGAGCUGCAACAGCCAGCUUGGCUUGGUGAUCUUACAGGGUGUCUCCAAUUUGGGGUGGGGGCGAUCAGCCAGCCUGGCUUAGUGAUCUCAUGCAGUGCCUUCGUGUCUUCUCCAGGAACAGCCUCAUGCCUUCUCCUGCACCAUCACCAAGGCUCAAGGGACUGCCUGCUGCUUCGAGCACAGUAACUCAGGCUGCACAGCAACACGCCAGGUAGUGCCAGCACAUGGGAGACAGGGGGAAACUGCCAGCCAAAACUUGGGUGGGUUGAAUCUGGAAAAUGGAAUUCUAAUGAGUGAGAACAAGGGUGAGUUGCAGCCCCCUCUGAGGUCAUGAACAGUUAUAAAUUAAAAAAUUAGUAGCUGGGCAUGGUUAUAUUGAGCCACUGGCUUGUAACUGUGGACUCCAGGAGAGUUAAUCCUGUUCCUCUCCAUGCCUGGCCUCACUCUCCUGUUUUCUAACAGGACUUGUGUGACUGAGAUGGUCCAGUUUACCGACCUAGCAGAAAAACAUCUCACCACAAGUCUGCUCUGUUGAGUUAGCGUGUUUGGGCGGGGAAGCCCAAUAGCCAGCACACAGGAAGGGGCAGGCAGGGACUGUCCCAGGUGGUGGCUAUGAUCCUUUGGGUCAACCCAUCUGUAACAAUUAAGCUGCCCCAUCCAGCCCGAGCCGCCCCAGCAACCCCCUCCCACGCUUCCACCAGACAGGCUCCAGCCGGGCCCCUCUGCUGCUGGGCCCCGGGGCGCACCAGGUCGGCGGGCAGCCGCACCGAGGCGCCCGCUGUCAUGCAGGGCCCCGGGCGGCCCCGUAACCCUGGCGGUUUGUUUGCAGAGACGGCUCUGGAAGGAGGAGAAAUGCAAGAGGAGGGAGAGUGAGAGGGGAGGGUACGUUGACAUCUGUCUGAUACUAGACUGGUGAAUAGGAAGAAGGUCCCAUCUCUGGCCUGUUUGUGGAAGCUGGGAUGAUGAAGGCACUGCAGUGGGAACAUGCUGUGGUACAGGGUUGAAGCUCCAGCCCAUGUCUGGUAGUUAUAGAGCAAUUGGAAGGGUUACGUGCAGAGUUCUGGUAAAGAUGGAAGAAUCUCAUUUCAACUCCUCCCCGUACUUCUGGCCAGCAGUGCCCACCGUCUCGGGACAGAUUGAGAACACCAUGUUUAUUAACAAGAUGAAGGAGCAGCUACUGCCCACGGAGAAGGGCUGCAGCCUGGCCCCCCCCCACUACCCUGCCUUGCUGACAGUACCCACCUCUGUGGCCCUACCCACUGGGAUCUCCAUGGACUCAGACACCAAGCCGGAGCAGCUGACACCACACAGCCAAGCCCCUGUGACUCAGAACAUCACCGUGGUACCAGUGCAGUCUGCUGGGCUCAUGACAGCAGGUCCUGGUCUGGUGAUAACUUCCCCAUCAGGUUCCCUGGUGACCACAGCCGCCUCUGCCCAAACCUUUCCCAUCUCAGCUCCCAUGAUUGUCUCUGCGCUCCCCCCUGGCUCCCAGGCAGCCCUCCAGGUGGUUCCUGACCUGUCGAAGAAAGGGACAACCACCCUCUCCGAAGGUGGUGGGGGUGGCGGGGGUGGGGGAGUUGCCCCCAAACCACCCCGGGGCCGGAAGAAGAAACGAUUGCAGGAGUCGGGGCUGCCGGAGAUGAGCGACCCCUUUGUGCUGUCAAACGAGGAUGAUGAGGACCAGCACAAGGAUGGCAAGACAUACAGGUGCCGGAUGUGUUCGCUGACCUUCUACUCCAAGUCGGAGAUGCAGAUCCACUCCAAGUCCCAUACGGAGACAAAGCCACACAAGUGUCCUCACUGCUCCAAGAGCUUCGCCAACAGCUCCUACCUGGCCCAGCACAUUCGCAUCCACUCAGGGGCCAAGCCCUACACGUGCAGCUACUGCCAGAAGGCCUUCCGCCAGCUCUCCCACCUGCAGCAGCACACACGGAUCCACUCCAAGCUCCACACAGCGAUUGUCAAGCCGCACAAGUGUCCUCACUGCUCCAAGAGCUUCGCCAACACAUCCUACCUGGCCCAGCACCUCCGCAUCCACUCGGGGGCCAAGCCCUACACCUGCCGCUACUGCCAGAAGGCCUUCCGCCAGCUCUCCCACCUGCAGCAGCACACACGCAUCCACACCGGGGACCGACCCUACAAAUGUGCUCACCCUGGGUGUGAAAAGGCUUUCACCCAGCUUUCCAACCUGCAGUCCCACAGACGGCAGCAUAACAAAGACAAACCUUUCAAGUGCCACAACUGCCACCGUGCAUACACGGAUGCUGCCUCGUUGGAGGUACACCUGGCUACACACACAGUGAAACACGCCAAGGUCUACACCUGCUCCAUCUGCAGCCGGGCCUACACUUCGGAGACGUACCUGAUGAAGCACAUGCGGAAACACAACAUCCCUGACCCCCAGCAGCAGGUGGUUCAGGCACAAGCCCAGGCCUCUCAGCAGCAGCAGCACUUCCAGCCGCAGGGUGGGGGGGCAGCAGGGGGUCCUUCUGGAGACACUAACCAACCCAACCCUCCCCCCCAGUGCUCCUUUGACCUGACUCCUUACAAGACUUCAGAGCAUCACAAGGACAUCUGCCUCACUGUCAGCACCAGCGCCAUCCAAGUGGAGCACCUCUCCAGCUCCUAGAGAGACCUCAACCCAGGGAGCAGAAAGCCUCUUGUGCAUAGCCUGCGCCCAGGGGCACUGCUUGUGCAGCGGCCCUCCUCGUGCAACAGUCUCUGGCCUCUCCUCCUGCAACAGCCUCUUCUGGCCGUGUAACCCUGUUCAUGGCAGCCCCUUGAACAACAGCCUGUCUCAAGGGGGUGCUCCUUCUGUGCAACAGCCUGCCUGGUAGGAGGAUGCUUCCUUGUGCAAGAGCCCCUUUCCUGUGCUGGGAUCGCUUCCUCAUGCAAGAGCCCCUCCUUUCAAACCCAAAGAAAGGCCCCCAUUUUGCCUUCUCUCUCACUGUAGGAUGCGUAUGAAGGGGGGGGUGCGUGUUGAGACAUGCAUGGUGGAUGGGAUGGAGAGACGGUCCUUGUAUGUACAGGGGCUCGGACACAUGCUUUCAGCAGGCCACAGAAGAAUGUGGCAGGGUUCACAGCUGGAUGGGGUUCUUUGAGGAUUUCCUUGAGUGUCUAAGAGAGAAAUAUCCAUUCCUGUCCCUCCUGCUUGUGAAAGGGAGGAGGGGUAGCUUGUCCUGCCCCAGGGACUGGAUGGGAGAAACCUUCUCCCCGGUGGAAGGUGAGACUGGUGAGGGGGGAGAGGUGAGGCAUGUUCUCUGGGCUGGACAGGUGCCUGCACUGCCCAAGGGCUGUGGAGUAUUGCACUCUUUCUCCUCCCCUGGUGGAGAGCGAUAGAGAGGAGUCUGUCUGAACUGGCUGCUGCCUCUCUGUCCCAGCUGUCUGAGCAGCACGAUGGCCAAGGCCCUGUAGGAAUGUGGGUUCCUGCUCAUUGCUCUUCCUGCCUGUUGCAGAUGAUGUCCUAGCAGCUUGUACUCCUCCUCCUCUCCCUCCUGCUUCCCACCCACCCCCCCUCUCCUCAGAAAAGCCUGCAGGCAUCAACAGCAAACCAAAAAGCAACUGGAGGGAGGGUAAGAGACUGCCAAAAUAAUCAUCACCCUUCUUUCUACUCCCUUUCCCGAAAGGCGGAACAACAGCAGUUCUGACUCUCACAUGCCUGUCCUGCCCCCGUUUUCCCAAAGGGAAGGAGGAGGAGGAAUAGACCAGUCUUUUCAAGGAGCUGGCAGAAGGCAGGGAAAGGCUAGCUUCUCCUGCUCACCUCCCGGCAGAGUGCUCUCCCAGGAUCCCUCUUGCCAAGACGGGCUGGACUCAUAUGGCAAUGGUGGCCUCUUCUGGACCCUGGUCAUGGGAGAGAAUCCCCAAAAGGUGGACAGUGGAGAGAAGGGGAUGAAGAUCCCCACAGAGAGACCAAUCUAAUGAGAAGGGGGAGCCAACAAGAAUAAACUGAAGGCCCCUUGAAUUUAUAUAUAUAUAUAUAUAUAUAAAUAUCUAUUCCCUACCCCUGGCCCGCUCUGUCCUUGCUGUAACUGUUUCUAUCUCUGUGUUUAUAAAACGCAUUAUCCUGGCGAAUUUUUAUUUUCAAUCUUCGUUUGUUUUUCCCUUUCUCUUCGUCUUCAAUUCUCCUUUCCCCCCUCCUUUUUUUUUUUUUUUUUAUUGGUCCACAUGACUGCUAGUCUUGUGUGUCACUUGUUAGUUUCUUUGGAUCAUGGAGGCUGACUCAGAAAAGAAUGAGAAGGCAAGGGAAAAAGCACGUAUUGUUGGGAUUUAAAAUCAAUCACCCACUCAAAGCCUAUAGAAUCCCAGACUUCUGUAUGAACAACAAAUAGGGGCUUUUUUUUUUUUUUUUAAACCACCUUGUAUAGAAAUAAAUUGGUGUAAAAGGCUCCUUGAAGGUGCUGCUGUGAGCACCGUGCCCCUGUGAUGUGUGUUCCUACCCCCUGCCCCAGACUACUGCACGAGCAUCUUGCCACUGGGAGUCCUGAGUGGCUGUGCGGGCAGACAUGAAGGUAGCACAUCCCUGCCUCGGGGCAGCCUUGCAAUUCACGAAGGGGGAAAGCAAGGAGUUCUGCCCUCUGUGCUCUACACUGGUGGAGCCUGUGGCAGAAACCUUUUCCUUUGCGUUUAGUCACCAGGGUUGGCUGCAAAUGGUUGGAGUGUUUUGUAGAUCCAUAGGUUAGGCUAGAAGCAGCUGUCUGGUUUGACUCCUGCAUUUCACAGGUGACAUUUCACCCAUUUAUCCUGUAUUUGAGCCCCAAGAACUAAUGUGUAUUUGAAGUAGGUGUUGACAAAAUGCAUUGGCUUGUUUCUGAGGCACUGGGACAGAGAGAAUCCCUUCUGUUGGUAGCCUGUUACAAGGGCUUUGAGUUCUCACUGUUUAAAUACUUAAGCCCAAUUUCUCCUUUAGAUCAGCUUGGCUUUGACUUCCAGUUGCUAGUCUGGAUAUGUCCAUCCCACCGAUUCAGAGAGCCUUAGAGCACAGUGGGGCUUUUUCUCCUGGACUGGUAUUUAAACUCUGUAAUGUCACUUCUCAAUCCACUUUUUGACAAGCUAAAUAGAUGGAACCUCUUAAAUAUUCCUCUGUAAGGGAUUUUCUCCAGCCCAUGAAUUACUCUUUUUAUUUCUACAUCUUGUCAGAUUUUUUAGUACCUUGUGAAAAAAUUCCCUUUGGAAUUGAGUGUUCAAGCCCCAGUGCCAUGGACAAGGUCCCCCUGCCCUUUGCCUUAAGUCUGCAGAGGAUAGCAUUCGCCUUUUUCUCGCAGCAUUAUACAGGAGCUUAUGUUAGCUGCUUGUCUGGUGUGACCCCUAGAUCAUCAUCUGAAGCCUCGGCCUUCCAUGAUAGCAUUUCCCCCUUUCUAAAGGUAUGAUCUGAGUUCUUAAUUCUUAGAUACUUAACGUGAGGCUGUGUCUAAGUCCAGUUUGUGUGAAUGGACCUGGCUUACUGAUGCACCAGGUUGCUUGCCACUUUCCCAGUUUUGUCACCCACAAACUGUAUCAGUUGUUGUUUUUUACUUUCAGAUCCAGGUUGAAAAUGCUAUAUUGCAUCUGACCUACACUAACUUGAAAAGCAUCAUUCAGUGCAACUUUUUAUUAGCUUCUUUUUGAGACUUGCAGGCUAGGCAUUUCUUAAUCCUCUUAGUAUGUGAUCAUGUACAGUAAAACUUUUUGACUUACGGUGCUAGGUCAAUGCCUUACAAAAAAAUUAAGUAUGUUGCACCUAUGCAGUCCCCUUUGUUAAACCAAAUGUAUAAUGAUGUCAUCUAAAAAUGAAAUCAGUGUUUGGGGGUUUUCUUUUCCUUUUUUCUACAAAAUCUGCAUUUCAUAAAAUCUUUGGGAUAUAGGUUUUAUUUUUCAUUCAUUCUUCAUCUCAACAGCUUUUUCAUAAUUUUGACAUUGAGUCAUUUCAUUUGCCUUUUGGGAAUACUUUCAUGGAUGUCUUAAGGUAUUUCUCUAUUAUCCCAAGUUUAAUUAAAAUCAGAAUCAGUGGGCUAGAGAGCUUGUUAGUGAACUCUUUUAGGACUCCUGUUUCUUUGCUGACUUAAAAAUAUACAUCCCAGGUAGAUGUUGUCUAAUCUCCUACUUUGAUACUAAGGUACUGGAUAGAGGUUGCUGUUUUCAUAUGAUUGCCACAUCCAUUUUCUUUCUGAAUAUGGAAUUGGAAGUAUUUGUUGACUUAUUUACCCUGUUCUGUGUCUCUAGCAUUUUCACCAUUUUUAUCUAGCAUGGAUCAGUACUAUUAGUAAGAUUUCUUUGGUUAUUUUUUUUAUCUAAAGAAAGGAAUGAAAGAUCCAAAAUCCCUUUCCUAUUGCCAGUAGGUUUGCUAGCCACAAAGCUUUCCUUAAUGGUGUUCUCUAUUUUAUGUCUAAUUUAUGUCGGUUGCUGUCUAGCCUUCCUCUUUUCUGUGUGUUAUGUUUUAGGUUUGGUUUUUUAAAAUUGUUUCUUCCUGGUCACAGACUUUCUCACUGAACCCAGGAUGAGCUUUUACCAAAAGUUUUCCUUGUUCUUGGUUGUGGAAUUAGGGCUUUUUUGGCCACAUAAUAAAUUUUUCUUACAGAAGAGUUCAUUCACUUUUUUCUGUCUUAUUUCUUUUUUCUCACAGACAACUCAGUUUAUAGUUUUGCUCACCUUGAAAAUUAGCACAGACUCAGCACACAUUUAUUAUUGCUUGUGGCUCUCCUCUGCUUGUCCAUAUUCCCUAUGAACAGGACAAAAUUGCCAGUUUCACUCAGGUUAUUAUCUUGUCUUGUAUGUAUCACCUUGAAGUCUGAAACAUAGACUUGUUUUGGGUGCCGUGUCUCGUAGUAAAAAAGCUACAGUUUUAAAAGUUGGAUUUUUUGCCAACUGGUUGAAUUCCUCAGGGAAUGGCUCACAAGUUAAAAUUCCCUGCAGUGGUUUUUCAUUUGAUGUGUUAAAGGUGCUUGAAAUCGCCUUUCUAGCCCCUGGUUUGAUGUGUUGUUUUCUAAUGUCUGCUAUCUUUUCCCUUCUUGGAAACUGCUACCUAGCAUGGGCAUCCAUAUGUAUUUAAGGCUGUACAAUUCCUGUAUUGCCAGUUAUUUCAAAGGUAUUACUGUUUGUGUUUGUGCAGUUUGCUGCUACACCUAUAGCUUUUACUCUUGUCCAGGAAGAAACUAAUGAUUUUUCACUAAGGGAAUUUCUCAUCGAGUUUCAGAGAUGCCACUUUAUUCCAAGUCUCUUUUUUUUUUUUUUCUCAUCAGUGAGAAUUUUACUUCUCUGUUUACUCAGAGUCCUGUUGCUGGUGUAGAAAUAAUUCAAGAUACCUUACUCCUUACUGUUGUCACUUACUUGAGUUUGGAUUAGGUCUUCCUCUUUGGAUUCCUAAGACUGUUUAAUGUACUCAAAUUGCUUCAGGUGGUUUUAAAAGUAUAGUUGCUACCUGUGGGAUGCAAAAUGUAACAUCUAUACAAAAUUCUUCCUUGUUGAGAUGAAGCCUCAGAUUCCACAGUGUGCAGCUUUUCAGCUUUGUGCAGUCAGGCCAACAGUGGUUCAGUUAUUUAACUCCCACUCACAAGAGUGGAAGAUUCUGUAACAUGAUCCCAUGGUCCUUCUUAAUCAGCUCCCUGAAUUCUGUGACCCUGCAUUUUCUUUGUGAUGCCAGUCUAUUUGUUUCUGUAUGUCUGUACCCAAGAAGACUAUGGAGUUCUGUAUUAGGUUGCAUCUUGUAUCUUUGCUGCAAGGCGGUAGCACUUUUUCUUCUUGUCCCUUACUGAAUUGGUUGUCUGUUCUUAGCUGGAUUUUGCAAAUUAUUGUUUCUUUAAAAAGAAACAUCAUGUAGGCUGGAAAUCAUUUAGAAAAGUCACCCACAAACAGUAACUGAAUCUCAGCUGUGACUAAUGAUAGUAUUGCUGGUCUAUAAUUCAGUUAAAUCUUCAAGAAAGAUUUAAGACUUUCAUAAUUUAAAAUCUUGUGGUUAAUCAACCGUGUCCCUUAUUAGACGUUUUUGUUGUUUAUCAUUGCCAUUAAAACUGCCAUUCUAUUUUACUACUUUUUUUUUUUUUAAUCCAUAGGGUCUUGUUAUGCCUUUGUUCAGGACAUUAAAGUCUUCUGCUCUAGGAAGUCUUCUUUUCUUUUGUAAUGAAUUACAGACCAUGAUCUGUAUCAUCUUUCCAAACAGCUAAAUUAAAUUGAGCUGAUUUAGGUGUCUCACAAUAAGGCUUGGCUCCAUCACGUAGUACUUCUCUUUUGCCUGCCUUUCUUCUUUAUGAAUGACCAGGCUGUGUCAGUGUUCAGUGAGAAGUCUUGCUACAUUAGACCUAGAUGGUUAUCUUGAGCCACCAAACUUACAUUGCCAUAAAAGGACAUGUAGUUCUUUUAAUGAGAUCUUUUUCUUUAAAUUUAAACAAUUAGCAUUAUGUUUCUUCUCUUAGCUGAGUGCAGCCCCUAUCAAUGACACUGUGAUUCUGCCAAAUCAGUGUUAGGUUAACUGGCUUACAGCAACCUGGAUGAUCCCAUUUAAGUAAAAGUAUUUGCUGGUCUUCUGGAACAUAUUCAGAGCUCUGAAGUUGUUUGGAAAAGAAAGCCCAUUGCUUCCAUCUGUUUGCCAGGUAGUUCUUUUAAAAUUAUUGAUUGUCAGUUUCUAGCUAUGCAACUUUUAGGAUAUUUUAUUUAAUGGGUAGAACUAAACAUCUUCCUAAAUCUCAUUGGCAAUAGGUAAUAUUUCAUUGCUUCACAGAUUUGUCUACAUCAUCCAACUUUCUUCCUAAUAUGGAAUAUAAUUAUGAGAUUCUGCCUGUCUUCUAUAUUUUUAUUGAUUAUUUUAUCAUCUUUAUAUCAACUAAAGGAUAUAUAUCAUGUUUAGGAUUUUCUUCUAAUAUUUUGCAGGUAAUGUACCUGAAAGCUGCCCAAGUUUACUAGUGCAGUUUCAGAACAUAGAAUGAAAUUGCUCUGUACACUUCCUUAACUACAAGAUAGGUACCUGUUCAGUCGUCAUUUCAGGUACAACAGAUUACAUUUGUGUGCAUGGUUUCUUGUUUCUGUAUAGUAGAACACCAAAGUACUAGAGAGAUGUAGUAACUUGGUCCAACAAACAUUUCGAUUUCAUGUAGUGUCUAUGUAAUG